UAUGUAUAUCGAUAUUGAUAUAUCGACAUUUGCUUUAUAACCAUUUAUAACUAUUUAAAAUCCUGCACUUUUACAACACUACAUCUGUCAAAUUGUGUCAAAUUACUCCGGCGAAAAACAUAAUCUGAGUGAGGAGUCUUCAGUCGUCACUUUGAGUCGUCAACUCUAUGCGCCUAACCUUGGGUAGUUGCCGUCGUUUUCGUUUCAUGUUUCACCGUUUUAAUAACUUGUAGUGUUCGCCGUUCGUACAGUUUCGGUUAUAGUUCGUCAGGCUCGGCAGUAAAAAUUAUGUGUUGAACGUGAUUAAAUACAUACCUUGUACUUUGUAGUUUUCGGCACAUGCAUAUGGUAUUUAUACGUGAAUUUAAUAUUAUAUAAUUUUUAUUCAGUAAAUAUUGAGAAGGUAGCAAUCAGUCGUUCUAUAACAAUCAUUUUUGUAGAAUUGUGAAAUUAUAGCGGGUAGAUAAAAAAAUCGGGAUUAAAUGUGAAUAAAAUUUAUAUAGCACGGAAAACGACAUAGAAAGGCAUGCUAUUGUUAAUCAUAUAAGGUUACAAUAUCACACCGUCCCUGAAAAGACUGCUACGUAUAGUCUGUACUUAAAUUAUGGAAUCGUUUAAAAAGAAAGGACGCCCUCCACAUCCUAGGGCAAGGGCAAAUCCAUUAUCAGCCCUAACAUUCACAUGGACCUUGCCUAUGUUUUGGGGUGGGUUAAAGAGAGAAAUGGAAGAAAAUGAUUUGUAUGAACCAUUGGCUGAACAUUCUUCAGGCCCGUUGGGCGAUAAAUUCGCUCGCCUCUGGGAGGAGGAAGUUGCGCGCGCCGGCAGCAAGCGGAAGCCAAGCCUGCUGCGCGUUAUACUACGCGCGUACGCCGCACGCUGCAUGCUCUACGGAUUUGUACUGCUUGUCAUGGAAUGUGGAAUUAGGAUAGCGCAGCCGCUGUUCCUGGGCAAGCUGGUGGAAUACUACAGCGUCGGCAAUCACAUGGAGUCGUCGGAGGCGUAUCUGUACGCAGGCGCGGUGGUGCUGUGCUCCGCGCUCAACGUGUUCGUGGUGCAUCCCUACAUGAUGGCCAUUCUGCACAUGGGCAUGAAAUUCCGGGUCGCGUGCUGCUCUCUCAUCUAUAGAAAGUCACUGCGACUGUCAAAGACGGCCCUCGGCGAGACGACGGUCGGGCAAGUGGUGAACCUGCUCUCCAACGACGUGAACCGGUUCGACGUGGCGAUAAUAUUCCUGCACUACCUGUGGAUCGGGCCGCUCGCGACCGUCAUCAUCACCUACUUCAUGUGGCAGGAGAUUAGCUGGGCGGCCGUCGUCGGAGUCGGGUUCAUGCUCGCGUUCAUACCUUUGCAAGCGUACCUCGGCAAGCGCACGUCGGUGUUGCGGCUGAAGACGGCGCUGCGCACCGACGAGCGCGUGCGCCUCAUGAACGAGAUCCUGUCGGGCAUACAGGUCAUCAAGAUGUACACGUGGGAGAAGCCGUUCGCGGACCUCGUCGCUAAGGCAAGGAAACAUGAAAUCAAACAGAUCCGUGCGACGUCGUACAUCCGCGGCGUGUUGACGUCAUUCAUUAUGUUCACGACUCGCAUCUGUCUGUUCUGCUCGAUCCUGGCGUACGUGCUCGUCAACAACGUCAUCACCGCCAAGCAAGUGUUCGUCGUCACCAGCUUCUACAACAUAUUGAGGCAGACUAUGACCGUGUUCUUCCCGCAAGGUAUCGCUCAAGUGGCUGAAGCAACUAUAUCGAUAAAGCGCCUACAAAGCUUCAUGCUCUACGAAGACACAAGCAAACCAGUGCCGGGCCUCGCCGAGAUACAAACAUCCACCCAACCUAAAGAGGAGACUAAGGAGUCUCUACUGUCAAAGGACGAGCCAGAAAUACAAAAAGACGACUCGAAGCUGCAUGUGGUUUUACCAGAGUGUAAAGAUGAAGCCAAAGGAAAUGGUGCGGCGAGCCUGGCGCCGCUCGAGUCGAGCGAGGCGGGCGAGGCGGGCGAGGCGGGCGAGGCGGGCGAGGAGGAGCAGCGGGAGCUCGCCGCACGAGUAGAGCAGGACGCGCGCGGCGUGCGCCUCAAGCACGCCACCGCCAAGUGGGUCGCCGCGCACCCGGAGAACACGCUCACCGACCUCUCGCUCACCAUAAAGCCUGGCAAAUUAAUAGCAGUGAUAGGUCCAGUGGGCGCCGGCAAGUCUUCCCUGCUGCACGUGCUGCUGCGCGAGCUGCCGCUGCUGUCGGGCAGCGUGCACGUCGGCGGCACCGUCUCCUACGCCAGCCAGGAACCUUGGCUGUUUGCUGGGAGUGUAAGACAGAACAUACUGUUUGGGCAAGCGAUGGACCGACCGCGAUACAAUGCGGUGGUCCGUCGAUGCGCGCUAGAUCGGGACUUCUCGCUGUUCCCGCACGGAGACAAGACCAUUGUGGGCGAGAGGGGAGUCAGCCUUAGUGGAGGUCAGCGCGCGCGCAUAUCUCUCGCCCGCGCGGUGUACAAGCGCGCAGACAUCUACCUGCUGGACGACCCGCUGUCGGCCGUGGACGCGCACGUCGGCCGCCACCUAUUCGAGUCCUGCGUCGUUGGCUAUCUCCGCAACACGACGAGAAUACUCGUCACACACCAGCUACAGUUCCUCAGGGAUGUCGAUCAGAUAAUAAUUUUGAAGAACGGCGCGAUAGCAGCGGCGGGUAAUUUCGACACGUUGAGUGCGUCGGGGCUCGACUUCGCGACGUUGCUGGCGCGCGACGAGGAGGAGGAGAAGGAAGAGAAAGCGCCGCCCGACACGCCCGUCAGCAACGACACGGACGAACUCGUACUGCAAGGCAGCUUCCGCAAGAGACAAAUGAGCAUACAUUCUGUGAGUUCUGUGGACAACCUGACGGCAACGGCACCACCGGAGGGCCCACGGUCGGAGGCGGAGCUUCGGUCGGCGGGCGCGGUGUCGGGGCGCGUGUACGGCGCGUACCUGCGCGCGAGUGGACACCCGCUGCUCGUCGCGCUUAUGCUGUUCGUCGCCACACUCGCACAACUCCUUGGCUCCGCAUCCGACUGGUGGACCGGCUUCUGGGUGAAUUUAGAAGAGGCGCAUCCAAUAGAAGUGACGCGAACACUAGAUGAAGGCAACGUGACGGGCCCGUUUGCGUUCGCGAACAACGUCACGAGCGAGCUCAUCGACAACGCUUCCUUCGAUAAUGUGGGCAUCACCAGAUACGAUUGCAUCUAUAUUUAUAGCGGCAUGGUGAUCGCACUGGUGGUGAUCUCACUGCUGCGCUCCUUCAUGUUCUUCUCGAUGGCGAUGCGCGCGUCGACGCGGCUGCACAAUAAUAUGUUCGCGUCUAUCACCCGCGCACCCAUGCGCUUCUUCCACGUCAACCCCUCGGGCAGGAUCCUCAACAGGUUCUCCAAAGAUAUGGGCGCCGUUGAUGAAGUGCUGCCCUCUGCGCUGCUCGAUGUUUUGCAGAUUGGCUUAUCCCUAAUCGGUAUUGUGGUGGUGGUGGCGGUGGUGAACUACUGGCUGCUGGUGCCGACGGUGGCGAUCGGCGCGGUGUUCUACGGGCUGCGGAUCUUCUACCUGUCCUCGUCCAGGAGUAUCAAGCGCCUCGAGGGUGUGACUCGCAGCCCGGUGUUCUCUCAUCUGAACGCGUCGCUGCAGGGCAUCACCACCAUCCGCGCGUUCGGCGCGCAGGAGGCUCUCAUACGGGAGUUCGACAACCACCAGGACCUGCACAGCUCUGCUUGGUACUUAUUCAUUGCGAGUUCCCGCGCGUUUGGCUUUUGGUUGGAUCUCGUUUGCGUCGUGUACAUUGCAGUGGUGACGAUGAGCUUCCUCGUUUUUGGCAAUGCGGAGCAUGGGGGUAAUGUGGGUCUAGCUAUAACGCAAGCCAUGGGGCUCACGGGCAUGUUCCAAUGGGGCAUGCGACAGUCCACUGAACUAGAGAAUCAGAUGACCAGUGUCGAAAGAAUAGAAGAAUAUUCAAACAUAGAAUCCGAGCCUCCGCUACAAUCUGAAGGCAACAAGAAGCCGCCGCCAUCUUGGCCCGAGGCGGGAAAGGUGGAGUUCCAGAACGUGUUUCUGUACUACACACCCGGCGAGCCGCCAGUGUUAAAAGACCUCUCGCUAGUCAUACAGCCCAAGGAGAAAGUGGGCAUCGUCGGCAGGACCGGCGCUGGCAAGUCGUCGCUCAUCAAUGCCUUAUUUAGGCUAGCCAAAAUCGAGGGCAAGAUUAUAAUUGACGGGCGCGAGACGUCGACAAUGGGCCUGCACGAGCUGCGCAGUCAGAUCUCCAUCAUACCACAAGAGCCGGUUCUGUUCUCUGGCACCAUGCGACACAACCUCGAUCCGUUCGACGAGUACCCGGACCAAGUGCUCUGGAGGGCGUUGGAAGAGGUGGAGCUGAAGGAGGCGAUGCUGGAGCUGCCGGCGGGGCUGAACUCGCGCAUGUCGGAGGGCGGCGGCAACUUCUCCGUGGGCCAGCGCCAGCUCGUGUGCCUCGCGCGCGCCAUCGUGCGCCGCAACCGCCUGCUCGUGCUCGACGAGGCCACCGCCAACGUCGACCCGCAAACUGAUGCUCUCAUUCAAACAACAAUUAGAAAUAAAUUCGCCGAUUGCACCGUGCUCACCAUCGCCCACCGUCUUCAUACGGUUAUGGAUUCGGAUAAGGUGUUGGUGAUGGACGCGGGACAAAUGGUGGAGUUCGACCAUCCGCACAACCUGCUGCAAAAGGAGAGCGGCGUGCUCCGAGGCAUGGUGGAGCAGACGGGACGCUCCAUGGCCGACACGCUCACCAGGGUCGCGCAACAGGCGUACGAGAAAAAGCAAUCUGAGAGCACGGGGACGUCCGAUUGAUAUAAAUGGAUUUAAGAUUAAUUUGUAAUUAUAAUGAAGUUAUUGUUCCUAUUGUUGUGUGUACAAUGGGUCUGGGAUAUUUAGAUCAUCUGCAGUAUACUAAUGAUAUACGUAUAGACAUCACGAUUACGGCGCUUUUGCCUGUUAAGUGAUCUUGGGUAUUGACUAUUUAAUCUCCGUCUGUUCAAAGUGCUGUAAUGAGUUAAUGUGCUAUUUGAUAUUUCUAAUAUCCCACUGUAUACCGAACAGCGAUACCAACGGGCAUAUUAAUGUCUGUCGCGUCCCUAGAACACUCCUCGUAUUCUGAACUAUUUCCUAUUUUCUAGCAAUAGUUGCGUUAAAAUAAACCUUGAAGAAAAAUAGUGAAAUUUAAAAGCCACCAGAGGCUAACAAUUCGAGUCCAUUAUGUAAAGCAUCAUUAACAAAUUCCAGCACUAGACAAUAGCCAUACUAUAUUAAAAACAAGAUUAUUCUUUAUGGAUUAUCUGUUUUAAUGUAAAUAAUGAUGAUCUGAUUUAGUUAUUCGUUUUGGACGUUAGGAUUUACAAACAAACUAUGAUAUCUAAGUUUGCAGCUAUUGCGUGGUUUAAAAACGAUUUGUGAUAUUUUUACUAAUUUAUUUUUACAGUCGCCGUACCCAAUUUUUAUUUUUGAAAUAUAUACAUGUAUAAUUUAUAAUUGUCGAAGGGCGAUGUCACAAAAUAAAUGUAUUAGUUAUUUUUGUAUUUAAGUAGGUUAUAGUUGUGAAUGUAUCCCAUGUGAGAUGAUAAGUGAGAUCUUCAUUAGACUCGUAAAUUGUUGAAGUGACUUAAAUUUAACAUUAUCUCUGAUUACGAAACCAAAUGAUACUCGAAUUUAUAAUGUACUUAUAAAUUUUUAACAAUCAUAGGUGUAGGGCCGUCUACAAACUGGUGAUAUACACUCAAUUUUCCUUUUACUGCAAUUAAUUUAUAUAUAUAUUUUUUAUUAAAUUUUAUUAUGUGUAACGUCGAAAUAUGGCUGGAUACGCAUAUACACGACGGUCAAUUUCAUACGAUUUUUAAAGUUUGUUAAUUAAUUAAGCCGUUAAUUUUAAAUUGAAGCUGGUAAAACAGACAUUUUUCGGCUCAAGUACUUUACAGACGGCCCUAUCAUUACUAACAUUACGUGAGAGGUCCAAGCGUAGUGUUUUAUAUAUACUUGUACAAGGUGCUAGUUUACAGUACUUAAUUCUUAGACAAUUUAAUGUUGAUUGUAUACAAUGUUGUCUAUUUAGUAUAGUUACCAUAAUUCUAAAUCAUAUCUGAGUGGCAUAGUUACUUUGCACUGUGAGUGCAUGCAUUGAUCGUUUGUUUUUUGUGGUACUUUUAUUCAGUGAUGUGUGUUUAUUUUAAUGUGUGCGUAUUGAUUUGCUGAUUAUAAUCUAAAUGAAUGAUGCUGUAGACAUCGAAUUGUGAAUCUGAUUUAUUGCAAAAGAAAUAAAUGAUUUCAAUUGCAUGAUA